AAGUCGGCGAAGAACCCUAGAAUCAGUGGAGGCCACCACCACUAAAGUAUAAUAAGAUUGCGAAUAGUUAAAUAAAGAUUCCCUAUCAAAGGCACCCAAUGUCAGCCGUCAGCUCUCUCUCUCUAGAAUGGGACACGUUUUUGUCCCACUACAAUUUCCCCUCUUCUAAUACCCCAUCCCCCCACCAACUACUGCACUCUUCUUCUUCUUCAAUUAUCAAGUGAUUUGAAUCUCUGAAUAUGGGCGAUUCUACCGGAGCUUUGGAAAAUGGCGAUUCCGAUCAUACUAGCUCCGACGUGUUGGAUAUUUACCCUCUCAGCUGUUACUACUUCGGCUCCAAAGAAUCCGUCUCCUUGAAGAACGAAUCUGAUGCCGAUCGUCUUCUACGGUUGACAGCUAGUUACGAAGCCCAUGGCAUGAGGAACUGCGUAGCUGCGGUGAUUGUGGUAGAAUUGUUCAAACAUCCCCAUCUUUUAGUGCUGCAAGUUCAGAACUCCUUUUAUACACUUCCAGGUGGUCGGUUAAGACCGGGCGAAUCAGAUAUUGACUGCUUAAAACGCAAGUUAUUGAACAAGUUAUCUGCCGGUGAAGAUGGCCGUGGCCCAGAAUGGGAGGUCGGAGAUUGUCUUGGCAUCUGGUGGAGACCUGAUUUCGAUGCUCCACUUCACCCGUAUUUGCCGCCAAACAUAAACAAGCCUAAAGAAUGCACUAAGCUCUUUCUCGUCAAGCUGCCACCAAGUAGGCGAUUUAUUGUACCUAAGAAAUUCAGAAUCCUUGCUGUUCCAUUGUGCGAACUCCACGACAAUGAACAGACUUAUGGUCAGACGAUAUCCGGAGUUCCACAGUUGAUGUCGAAAUUCUCCUUCAACUUUGUAGAACCCAAUGCAGCAAGUAUUUGAGCUUUGAAUGUGUUACACUGUACUGUAUAAGGAGAUAAUUGGAAUACUGCUAUUAUUAUUAUUAUAGACUUUAUAUAUAUAUAUAUAUAUAUAUAUAUAUAUAUAAGGGUUGCUGUUGUCAUAUUGAGUGUUGUUCUUCACAUAUAAUUGUGGUUUUAUAAUGUUGUAUUAGGAUAUAUACUAUGGACUUCCUAGUUUUCUCUUAAUAUAAAUUCAUAGUAUUAUUUUAUUCUGAGCUUACCAAUAUGUAAAUUGCAUACCAAUAAUUGUACAGCAGCAGGAGAAAAAUACUUGGUGAUAAAUUUCAUUGUUGCAAAGGUUAGUUUGCAAUUUUGGUUAA